GCUGUAGAAGGGAUUCGGAAAGAAGCAUCGCAAACUCUACACAUCCCUUGGUCAUCAGAUAAAGCAGCCUUGCCCGCGGACUGGCCAGCAUCUUCUGUGGAUUUCUGUUCUUUUCACAUUGCAGAUUUCUAUUCUGGAACAUUUCUCAACAUUAGUAACUCAUAAGGAUUUUCAUACAUCAUGAUUUUCGAAAAGCUAUACAAAAGUUUACACAAAGGUAACCCAAGUUUAAAAUGGAUGAUAGCUUCGAUUGUGACUGUGGUGAGCUGGAGCCACCCGAUCAUUAACAAAACAGACUCUUUGUAAGACAAGCUGCCACAGAUCCGUAUUGCUACAAAGUAAUAAUAAUUCAAGCCCAUAGUGCUUCCUAGCACUGUAGAAUGACGCUGCUCAGGACCAGUCUAACACUGAAUGUAUCUGCACUGCUAGGAGAAUGCGAGUAGAAGCUUUUUAUAUUUAUUCAUUUUUGUGUUAAAUGUUGACCGUUGGCUACAGUCUAAGUUUUCAUUCCAUCACAGUCUUUCAAACACUAGUUGAAAAAGUCUGAAGGAGUUACUGCACUUUUUGAACUAUGGCAAAUACCUUGUGAAAUUGGUAUACUGUAGUUCACUUUUUUUCAUUAUGCUAAUUGGAGGACAGUUAAUAAUUUGAAUUCUUCUCAACCAGCUACUUUUUUUUUUAUGUUCCACUUUUAAACUUUUUUUUUUAUAGGGUGAAACCUUUAUGGGUUAGGGUGCAGGAUCUUUCUGGAGGGUUUUUCUUUCUUUCUUUUUUUUUUUGUCUUUUCUACUUUUUAGUUGUUUUUUUUUGUUUUUGUUUUUUUCUUUGUACCCUGUGUUCAGAAACAACAUCCAAAUUACUUAUUUGAAUCUUGCUGAAAUGGCAGAAAAAUUUGAAAGUCUAAUGAACAUUCAUGGCUUUGAUUUGGGCUCCCGCUAUAUGGAUUUGAAACCACUGGGCUAUGGUGGCAAUGGGCUAGUUUUUUCUGCAGUGGACAAUGAUUGCGAUAAAAGAGUGGCCGUGAAAAAAAUUGUCCUCACAGAUCCCCAGAGUGUCAAGCAUGCCUUAAGGGAGAUCAAAAUCAUCAGACGCCUUGACCAUGACAACAUUGUGAAAGUGUUUGAGAUCUUGGGACCCAGUGGAAGACAGUUGACGGAAGAUGUCAGUUCUUUAACUGAGCUGAAUUCUGUGUAUAUUGUUCAAGAGUACAUGGAGACAGACUUGUGCAAGCUCUUGGAGCAGGGUCCCUUGUCCGAGGGGCACGCAAGACUGUUUAUGUAUCAGCUACUCCGUGGACUCAAGUAUAUCCACUCGGCAAAUGUCCUACACCGGGAUCUCAAGCCUGCCAACCUUUUCAUUAACACUGAGGAUCUGGUGCUAAAAAUUGGAGAUUUUGGUUUGGCCCGUAUUAUGGAUCCUCAUUACUCACACAAGGGUCAUCUGUCGGAAGGAUUGGUCACCAAAUGGUAUAGAUCUCCACGCCUUUUAUUAUCUCCUAAUAAUUACACCAAAGCCAUUGACAUGUGGGCUGCUGGGUGCAUCUUUGCUGAAAUGCUCUCUGGGAAGACAUUAUUUGCUGGUGCCCAUGAACUAGAACAAAUGCAGCUAAUUCUAGAGUCCAUCCCAGUGAUUCAUGAGGAAGAUCGUCAAGAACUGCUUAAUGUUAUCCCAGUUUUCAUCAAAAAAGACAUGUCUGAGCCUCAUACUCCAUUAGCAAAGCUGCUUCAAGGCAUCAGUGCAGAAGCACUGGACUUUCUGGAGCAAAUCCUAACUUUUAAUCCAAUGGAUCGACUGACAGCAGAAGAAGCCUUAGCCCAUCCAUAUAUGAGUAUUUAUUCAUUCCCCCUUGAUGAGCCUAUUUCGAGUCACCCCUUUCACAUUGAGGAUGAGGUUGAUGAUAUUUUGUUGAUGGAUGAAAGUCAUAGCCACGUUUACAACUGGGAAAGGUACCAUGACAGUCAGUAUUCUGACCAGGACUGGCAGCUUCCCAACAAUUAUGAUUCUGAUGAAGUGCAACUUGACCCACGAGCAGCUUCUGAUGUCACAGAUGAAGAGGAAGUACAGGUUGACCCUCGAAAGUAUCUGGAUGGAGACCGUGAAAAAUACUUGGACGACCCUGCCUUUGAUUCACUCUUUCCUAAUGAGCCCUCCUGGCAACAUGAAGAUCAUCACGAGAACAAAUAUUGCGACCUGGAAUGCAGCCACACUUGUAACUAUAAAGCAGUGUCACCUUCUUACCUUGAUAAUUUAGUGUGGCGGGAUAGUGAGGUAAACCAUUAUUACGAGCCAAAACUUAUUAUAGACUUGUCCAACUGGAAAGAGCAAAGCAAAGAGAAAACCGACAAGAAGGGCAAGUCCAAAUGUGAAAAAAAUGGUUUGGUAAAGGCUCAGAUAGCACUACAGGAAGCAUCACAGCAGCUUGUGGAGAAGGACAAAGAGAAGUUUCGUAGCUUUGACUUUGAUUCAUUCAUCGCUAGUACUAUCAAACUCAGUUUACAGCCAGAGCUUCCUGAUGUCACUCUGCUAAACGACUUGAAUAAUUCUGUUUCUCAACUCGAAACAAAAAGCUCCAUGUCCAAGUCUAUCAGUCUGGAGAAGGAGGAGAAGGGGAUGGUCAAUUUGGCUCAAUUGGAGGGUCGUAUGCCUAAUCCUUGGGAUAGCCAGUUUGUUAAUGUGGGAGUGGGGGGAGACAUUUGCCUAAUAGAUGACGUUUGCUGGGACGUAAGGAAAGAUGAACAGCUAGGAAAAGAAAACAAUUACACGAGUUACCUUGACAGGCUUUUCAGCAGGAGAGAUGAGACAGAAGUGGCAGAGCCAGACUUGGUAGAAGAUAAAACAUCUGUAGAGAAGGAAAACGAAGAGUGCUUCAUAGUAAGAAACGGUGAGCUCAUGUUUAGCCGGCAGUUUGAGUCGUUGGCCCUCCCGCAGUUUGAUAGCCCCACCGAUUCCCCCCUCAAGUCCAUACAGGCCACGUUAGCACCAUCAACAGUGAAAUGUUCUCCUCAGAUUGCCCACAAAACUUACAGCAGCAUUCUUAAGCAUUUGAAUUAGAACACAAACACGCGCAGUGUAAGGGUGUCUUUAUGUUUCCAUUGUGCACGUGUGUCCUUUUAAUUUUAUUUUUUUUUUAAAUUGAAUCAUUUUAUUUAACUUCAUUGUGUGCUUUUAGUUUUUACGGUUGCCAUUGUAGUAGAGCCUUUUUUCUUUGAAAUGCUAAAACUGGCAUAUCCUUUGCACAGUGUAGAUGAACCAGUGUGACAACAAAAUAAUGCAAUGCAGGUGAACUGAAAUAGUGAAAUGCACUAAACAACGUGAGAAACAUUCUCUAUGUGAAACAUUUGAACAAGCACAGAAGAAUUUGUUUCACCUGGAAUGGUUCUUACAUUGAAUUGUACACAGUGAAAAAAAAACAAAAAAACUGCAUUUUAUUUUAUUGUUUUUUUUUUUUCCCCUAAAAAUGUCCAGCUUAAAGAUGUUUUUAUUUAUAGGCAUCCAAAUAUCAUUUCAUACUGUAAUCUUUCUUAAACACAUGAUGCCAGCAGCAACCAUUAAAGUGAACGUAGAAAUUGGUACACAUGUGUUAUCUACCUCAAGGUAACAGCAGUGAGUGGCAGAAUAGUGGCCACCAUAGUGCUUUACUGCAUGCAUAUUCAUUAUUUGUCAAGAGUCAGAAGCCUGGCUGAAGUUCAGCGGGGCUUCUGACGUUUAACGUAUGCAUUCGCCAUAGUGAAGUGUUAAUGAACAUCAUUAUUUAUUUUAGCCGAGGUGAAGCGUUCUUUGUAUUUAAGUUUUUGUAGAUUCAGUUUGGCUGCUCUGAGUCCUGGUAUUUUUAUUCCGUAUGUGUGUUUCUCACUGUGGUCAGUGAACUGUCUGACAAAAUACAAAAAGCAUCGGCUUCAGAUACCAAGCUGUCCAUUUUCUGUUCAUGUUGUGUUUUGUUUUUUCUUUUCUUUUCCUAUUUUUAAUGAAAGCCCCCGCUGUGUAUAGUUUUUAUUUUUUUAUAGGUGCUUGUUGUUUGAUUAAAAAAAAAAAAAAGGACAAAAAAGCUUUACAAAUUUGAAAAUGCGCCUAGAAGUCUUAAUUUUUUUUUUUAAACCACCAAAAAAAAAAAAAAAAAUGUAUGUAAUAUUAGAAUUGUGUGCAUGGAAGUGAAAAAUUGGAAGGUACCAUACAGCUAGAAGUUCAAGGUGAAGUACAGUGUAAAGUCAAAUUUUCAUUUUAAUUGUAUGUUUAUUUAUAAUAUAUAUGUAUAUAUUAUAUAAAACAUACAUAUAUAUAUUUUUUUCCUUUAAAAGAAAACAAAAAAAAGCAUGAUUAAGGAAUAGGCUAAAGUGUAGCAUGUAGAAGAAUUCUGGAGACUUUGUUUUGCAUUUAAAUAUUGGUACUUUUCUGUAUUAUUGUUUCCCCGGUUAUUUAAAAUAAAUCAGAAACUGGC